ACAAAGGACCAAUCAUGGAGCUGGAGCAUGAAGAAGAAGAACAGUCGUUCUUACAUCAGCAGGUCAUGCCACAGGCCACUACCAUGGAAGACGGGCCAGCAUUGGACAUCAUGGGGCAGCCGAUGCAAUCUUCAAGUGAAUAUUUCCCAGGUGAAGAGGCCGUGAUGGGCAUGGAGCACGGCCAACAUCCGGAUGAGUUACUGACGGAGGCAGGGAGUGAGUUCAGAGAGGGAAACCCCGAAGAAACUAGAUCAUCACCAAGUCAAGACAAGCAAGGGCGGAGCCAGUGUCCUGGUGUGACACUCGAGGGGAAAUGUUACCAGUUCUUCAAAGAGCCAAAGGCCGCUGCAGAUGGGGAGUUCUUAUGCCAGGAACAUUUCGCUGGGGGACACCUGGCCUCCAUCACGAGCCAACACAUCCACAGAGAGGUGAUGCACAUGAUGCUGAGGCAAAACGGAGCGGUUACUCGCAGCUGGAUUGGAGGAUUACGAUACUUAAAGACCGGUCGCUUCAUCUGGUUGGACGGAUCCCACUGGAGCUAUGCUGAUUGGCUGUCAGAGGAGCCCAAUCGCACCUCAGAUGUUGAGGACUGCGUGGAAGUGCUGGCACUUGGAGAUGGAAAGUUCAACAACUUCACAUGCUCGGAGCAUCAGGCGUUCAUCUGCUCCUACCCUGAAUCAACUGCUGCUUGGUCUUGAAAAACAAAUGCUCCGACAACGAGGCAAAGACUUAAAGAGAAAGCAGUUUAUUGAAUGCAGCUGGAAGAUCGGGACUUCGAAGCAUGUUUUACAUCAUAUUCAAGUAUUCAAGCGAAUAUCCUGCAAAUACAAAAACAUGCUAUUU